UCUUUACUGAAAAAUAACCAAAGAUAUGCCUUCAGAUUCUUCCACAUCACAAAGCAAGAUGAAGACAACUACAGAGCUUCAGGGGAAAUCUCUCCCCAUGUGGUGGACCAAGCUGUUCGCAAAGCCCUCUUCCUCGACGUGGCGCUUACGGGAACAAGACCCACAUGCAAGGAAUUCCUGAAGGGUGUCUGUAACAUGCAGAAUUGCCGUUUCCGUCAUCUGAGUCGGAGAGAGUACGAGGAUGAGGUAUUCCAUGCUCUGCAGGAUGAGUUUGAGAUUGUUCUUGGUCCUCCUGAGAGACAGCAGUCACCAGGUAUGAAUAUGUUCAGGUCCUUCAGUGGUUAUCAAGACACCCCAAAGUAUGGCACCUCGCCUGUCAACUUCCGAGAAGAGAUGCUGGGAGGAGAAGACCUCCGCACAACACUCUUGGCCCGCACGGAGUUCGAGCCAGAAACCAAGAGGAUGAGACAUUAUUCAGAUGAGCCCAUGUUUUCACAGCAAGAGGACUUCAGCAACAACCAAAGAAGAUGGGACGACAGGAUGGACUUUGAUCGUCAGGAUUUCAGUUCUUAUGACACAGAGCGCCUCAUGCAGGAAAUUUUCAACCUCAGGAAUGACAACUUGGAACUGAAAAGAAGUUCUCAGCAACAAAUCAUGGAACUGAGGGAAGAACUCAAUGCAAUCGCACAAGAAAACACAAACUUCCGCCUGGAAAACUCCAAUCUCCGUUCAAGUACGUCUAUGAAUGCAAACCAGAAAUCAGCUAUAGAUAAACUCAUUGCAGCCAACAACACAUUCAUGCUGGAUAAUAGAAAAUUCCAGGAGACUGUACGCAAGUUAGAGCGAGAGAACAGUGACAUGAGGAAGACCCUAGAGUCAAAGCAAAAAGCCAAGAAUUCUGAACUUGACCGCAAGGUUGAAAAUCUUGAUAAGGAGAAUCGAGAGAUCAGAGAAUCACUUGUAAGGACAACUUCGGCCCUGAAGAAAGUCCAGGAAGAGAAGGUCAAAGUGGAGCAGCACUUGGAGGAGUUACGGGCAAAGCUGCGGGAGUUUGAGUCGAGGGCACAGAGGAAGGACGAGCAUUACCACAAUAGCCAAGGAUCAAGCCGCAGGGAUGACUACCCAGCAGACCAAAUGAACAAAAUUAGAGGGUCACAUGUGCAAGGACUUGAUCGCCGAAGCAACGACUCUGGCUUCUAUGGCCAGGAUAUAAAGGACCAAGACAUGCGUAACAUGGGUACACGAGGACAAGACAGAUAUGAGCCAGAAGUGCAGCGCACGAAUAGCAGGGGUCAGUACAAUCAGGGGCAUAGUAUGAGGGGACAAGAUCUCCAUGGCAUGGAGAUGCGUGGACAAGAUGCAAGAAACUCAGACAUGAGAGUACCAAACAUUCGUGGAAAUGAUAUACGCGAGAAUGACCUGCGGGGGAAUGAUGUGCGUGGAAAUAACUUGCGGGGGAAUGAUGCCCGUGGACAAGAAAUGGACCGAUCAAGGCAAGGAUGGUCAUCAUCCAAUAACUCAUCCCAGCAGUCUAUGUGGCCGGGAAACAAGGAUGUUCUCCCACCAGUGUCAUCGGGGGAUGUUCCCAACCGAACUGGUAGCCUCCUUGGUGAAUAUCAGCCAAUGAACGACCGUUUCAGACCACAGUCCUACCCACCUGUAACCAAAGGACAGGGCCUGCUGAGGACUCCUGCAGAUUUCCCCGGUUACAACAAUCAGAACAUGUCCCAGGGUCUCCUAGAUACUCCCAGUGACCAUCACAAAACAGACUCCCAGUUUUCUUCCCAGCGAUUCGAGGAAAGGGAGUACCGGCUAGGUUACAACAGCGAGUCCAACAACAGCUCCUACGGAAUGGAAAUGCGGCGCCCCAAUACGUCUCAGACAUGGCAAGAGGGAAGCGAUUCUAUGAAAGGGAGAGGCAUGGGGCAAAGUUGGGGACGAAGAGGAAACACGAACCAGAAUUUCUAGUUCCCCCGUAUGUUUAUGCAAACUUGUUAUGAAUUGUAACAUUAAUUUUGUUUUGUUUUCGAAAACAAAAAUAGGAAUGAUUUAUUUUAUUUAUCUUUGUCCACUUGUUUGAUGCACAACCUUUUUUGUUUUUGUUUUUUGAGGUUAGAAGGUAAAAAAUUGUUCUAGAAAUUUCGCAUAUUGUCAUUUAUUAUGUAAUAUAAUAUUGGUAAUUUGAUUUUUCUCAAAUUCUGUAAGCAGUUAUGUCCUGCAUUUCUCACUGCUUUGUACAAUGUAAUGGAAUGAUAUUUUGGAAUUAUAAUUAUGCAGGUUUUCAUUUCAACAUAAUCUCUUGAUAAUGGUAUUAGCAGGAAGAUUCAUACCAGUAGCCCA